AUGACAGGCCUAUCCCAGUUGAUCAGGCCACAGUCACUAACUCCUCCACUAUUCAAGAAGAGAUUGCAGAAGUCACCAAAUCAGCCUCCUGCAUCUCUCGAUUGUCAAAUUAACACCUCACCGAUCGUUAUUGUGAAUGACGACGCUACUGAUGGCUCUACUAUCUCGGGCUCACUACUAUUCAACGUUCAAGAGGCCAUCGAAGUUGAUAGCCUCUUUGCGACAUUGCGGGUUCAUGUAGUUCACAAGAAGCCUUUUAAGAGAGCGUGCAAGGCGUGUAAACACCAGAUGUCGGAGCUCAAGCGCUGCCAGUUUAUCACAACGACGAUCUCUCUGGACCGCAAUAAUUACGCAUAUCCCUUCUCUUACCGAGUACCGAGUUACGUACCUCCUUCCAUGGAUACGUCCCUAGUUUCUGUCACAUACGAAUUCCAAGCCGUAGCCUCCAUGCGGCGAACAGGAUCACAGUCGAAAUUACCAGAGACCAUCACACUCAAGCGCACUCUCCCCAUCGCCAGAUCAAUACCAGUGCCUGGCAAACCCUUUUUAUUAACUCGGAUAUACCAAGCUGCUGGAAUCGAGGUAGACUGCAGUUUCGAUCCUGUCCUUGACCCCAAUGGCAAGAAUUGCGUGAAACUCACAAUGAGCGGCCUUCGAAGCUGUCCCGACAAUAGAGAGGACAUUCAGUUCUGGCGUGUAUGUAAAGGCACUUGGAUGCUUCAGGAGAACACCAAGAACACAGCUGUGGCUUGUUCGCAGCACGCACAAGAACAUCAAGCAGAGGAGAAGAGCCAUGCACAAAGGAAGACAAUUACUCUUGGUGAAUCUUCAUUCUACGAUGGGUGGACCACGGACGACGCGACAGGAACGCUCAGCAUCGAGUUUCCCUUCUUUAUCAAGAAAGCCUCUAGGAUCACUCAAGAUACCGGCGAUGUCAGUGACACAUCGGUCACCCAUUCCCUGGUACUAGAGAUACAGCUGAUGAGGGAGACAUAUCCCCAGGGCAACCCGACUCUAUCUGUCAGAAGUGGAGUAGGCCGGAUUCUUCGAUCUGAGCAUAGGGUCGUGCUGAGUGAUUAUGUCAGGCCUUCGGAUCAUAUUGAAGAGGAGAGCUUACCCUGCUAUAAUGAUGUCCGGCCUGGACCGCCACUGUACCAGGAGAAAGGUUAUGAGUAG